AUGAGGACGAUAACCAAUUUAUUCCUGCUGAACUUGGCAAUUUCUGACCUCCUGCUCGGCGUCCUGUGCAUGCCUUUCACACUCGUCGGGGCCCUCCUGAGGGACUUCGUUUUCGGAUCGCUGAUGUGCAAGCUAUUGCCCUUUUUGCAAGCGUGUUCUGUGUCAGUUGGAGUGUGGACUUUGGUGGCGAUUUCAGUGGAAAGAUACUACGCCAUCUGCCACCCUUUGAGGUCAUUGCGAUGGCAGACGCUCAGCCACGCUUACAAGCUGAUCUUCGCGAUUUGGAUCGGCAGCGUCGUUUGUAUGGCUCCCAUAGCGGCGCUCAGCCAGUUGCAGCCGACGAGACAAGGAAAUCAGAAAUGCAGGGAAGAUUGGUCGUCGUUGGACUGCGAGAAAGCUUAUAACAUCUUCUUGGACGUGGUGUUGUUGAUAGUACCGUUACUGGUGAUGGCCAUAACGUAUUCGUUGAUAACGAUAACGUUGUGCAAAGGGAUGAGAACUAAGAAAUCCCCGGUGUGUCACGGUACCGGCAGCGCGGUGAAAGUUUACGUGAACAUAAAAGGCCGCAGUUCGACGCGCUCGUCGCACCGCAACUCCUUCUGCCCCUACUCCAGCAGGCAGCCGUUGCAGCAGAACUGGUCGCAGGACUCCGGCAGCCCCGUCGUCGGCUCGCGGCGGCUCACCGCCGGCCUGCGCAAAUCGAACGCCGAGCGCAGCUUGUUGAACAAGAAGCGCGUCGUCAAGAUGCUGUUCGCCGUCGUGCUGGAGUUCUUCAUCUGCUGGACGCCGCUCUACGUCGUCAACACCGUCGCCCUCUUCGACGCCUCGCUGGUCUACGACAGCAUCGGCAUCUCGGGCGUCAGCUUCUUCCAGCUGCUGGCCUACACGUCGAGCUGCUGCAAUCCGAUCACGUACUGCUUCAUGAACUUCGGCUUCAGGAAGUCGUUCUUGAAUUUGUUCAGGUGCUCGAGGCGGUUCAAGAACACCGGCCUGAACGGCAGCGAGAUUAACAUGGAGACGAAAUGGACUAAUAGGUUGAGCGAGCCGGCUUGA